AUACUGUGCUUGAAAACAUCUCCUUUGUACCAAAACACUCUCUAGAACAACCCAACCGUUACUGUUACACACAGAAAAUUCCAAAUGGCCGCAGCCGCUCCGCCACCGCCACCAGCGCCCGCGCCUUCACCACCGACUGGAGUUCCCGAAUCUGCACCCAUUGGGCAUCCCAUCUUCUACCGUAUCCGUCUAGCGACUCCCGCCGACGUCCCCCACAUCCACAAGCUCAUCCACCAAAUGGCGGUAUUUGAGCGCCUCACCCACCUCUUCUCCGCCACGGAGUCCUCCCUCUCCACUACCCUCUUUAACUCUCCUCCCUUCCACUCCUUUACCAUCUUCCUUCUCGAAGUCUCCCGCCAUCCCCUCCUUCCACUCCCACCAUCUCCGCAUUUCACUCCAAUCGAACGCGUGAUCACUCGUGAGCUGCCACUGAUUGACCCAGAAGAAGAUCAGUUCCGAUCGAUGGGUAAUGGGGAUGUUGUGGUUGCUGGGUUUGUGUUGUUUUUCCCCAACUACUCUACUUUUUUGGGGAAACCUGGGUUUUAUGUGGAGGACUUGUUUGUGAGGGAGUGUUAUAGGAGGAAGGGGUUUGGGAGGAUUCUUCUGACGGCAGUGGCAAAGCAGGCAGUGAAGAUGGAUUAUGGGAGAGUGGAGUGGGCGGUCCUUGAUUGGAACGUGAAUGCUAUCGAGUUUAAUGAGCUGAUGGGUGCUAAGGUGUUGAGUGAAUGGAGGAUUUGCAGGUUAACUGGUGAGGCUCUUGAAGCUUAUCGUGAUGCUUAAUCUGGCUUUUCUGCUUGUUUAAUCAAACAACAGAGUUAUGGAUUAGUUUCACUGGUGCGGAUUGUGUUUUUUUUGUUGUACCGCCAUGUUUUUCUUGUGCACCAUGUUAGAUUAAAGAAAUUUUACUCUGCUACUAAAUUGAUGUUCAACCUGUUUGGAGAUUCUUCUCU